AUGGACAACGAAAAAGUCUCUCCGGCGUCUCAGUUGUAUCAUCGGAAAGAAUGUGCUACCAAAACUCCCUUGGAUUAUCGCGGUAUUCGCUUAUACCGCAAUGAACCACCGGAAUCCCUGAUGCAGAAGGUUAUGCAGAUCAUCACCCAAGAAACCGAUCCAUUAUCAUCGCCUUCUUUCCGCAGCUAG